AUGCUGUUUCCUUUGGUAUUGUGUGCAGUUGUGUUAAUAGGGAGUGGUAAAGUUCAAGAUGAUGAAUGGAUUGACCCCACCGAUAUGCUCAAUUAUGAUGCAGCGUCAGGAGCAAUGAGAAGACCUUACAAGGCAAACUAUCAUGACUCUGAGGAUAAGAAUGUGGAUGCGGUCAGUACUGAAAUCUUACCAAGUUGUUCCAGGGAACUAGAUUCAUUGCAACAGAAGAUUGCAAAAUGUGAGAAGAGGAAUGCCAACUCACAUGAAAGCCGUAGCUUUUAUAUUUUUAAGAGAUACUUGAAUAAGAUUUUAAAUGAAGCUGGAAAACUUGGCCUUCCUGAGGAAAAUGUGGGCCGUGUCCAUUACGAUGCUGAGAUCAUCCUUACAAAACAGACAUAUUUGGAGAUCCUCAGGUUUCUCAAUGAGGAAACUUGGCAGUCAGGUGCCGUGGAUGAUGCACUUAGUGAUAUUUUGAUAAAUUUUAAGCAUCAUGACUAUAAAGCUUGGCACUGGAGAUUUGAAGACACUUUUGGAAUUGAUCUAUAUAAUAUGUUUCUGAUACUCUUGUGCUUAGUGUGCGUUGUAAUUAUAAUAGCUACAGAGUUGUGGACACGUAUUCAUUGGCUUGUUCAGCUAAAACGUGUUUUAUUAAUAAGUUUUCUCAUCAGUUUUGCAUGGAAUUGGCUUUACUUGUAUAAGCUGGCCUUCGCGCAGCAUCAAGCAGAAAUCGCGAAAAUGGGGCAGUUCGAUAACGUCUGUGCUGAGAAGUUAGACUGGAGAGGAAGUCUUAUUGAGUGGCUCAGAAGUAAAUGGACGUUUCAGGAUGAUCCCUGUCUGAAGUACUAUGAAACUCUACUGGUAAACCCCGUUCUGCUGGUUCCUCCCACAAAGGCAUUGGCAAUUACUUUCACCAACUUUGUAACUGAGCCUUUGAAGCACGUAGGACAGGGUAUUGGUGAAUUCAUCAAAGCACUGAUGAAGGAGAUACCGUUUAUUCUGCAGGUUCCAGUGCUAAUUAUGAUGGCUCUGGCUGUCCUGGCUUUCUGCUAUGGUGCAGGAUCAUCAGUAUCUAUGUUAAGAUACUUAACUUCUUCUGAGAAGAAAAGUCUACCUGACAGUCAGCAGGCAAAAAUAGACUUUGGGCAAUAUGAUGGGAGUAAAGCAGAUGGCUAUUACUCACAGAAGCUUCCUUGUGCUUACCGAGGACCUUAUGACAGAGGAGAUGCUCCUAUGAGACCAGGAAAUGGCAGCAGAAGUCCUGACAUCAUGCACACAAGCAAUGAGCCAGACACGCAAGUAGAAGAGCCUCACAAACCAGAACCUGGUAAUAGAUUGCACACAGAGUCUGAAGUUUGUAGACUAGAAACUAUCACAGCUGAAAGCCUUACUGAAGAACAUGCACUUGAGCAGCAGAAACAGGAGACAGGCAAAGCAGAGCCAGAGACUGGAGACAAUUGUGAUGCUCAUAAAAACCUAGAAGGGAAACAUUCUGCAGUGGAACCAUGUGAAGAGAAGAAAAAAAGCCAUUCAGAGGACUUGAAGGAAGGAGACUAA